CCAAAAUGACGCCAGUUUCACGCUCCCCUUGACGCCAGAAUUCUUGGAGCCAAUGAGAGCCCGGUAUCCCUCUGAUUGGCUGGCGCCAAUGGUUACGCUCACAUGAAAGAUUACGGAGGCGUGAAGGGUUUUUGACGAGGUGCAAACUGAAACAACGCCCCAGAAGAGCAGGUGGAGGAGGAGUGGUGUUUUUACUGGUGUUUGAAAUGGCCGAUACUGCUGAGAUAUUGCAAGAGUUGGACUCCAUUGAGAAUGAACUGAAGGCAGUGGAGCUACAGAUUAGUGAUCUUCAGGAACGUCAGAGGGAACUGAAUGCCAGCAAGGACCGGUUGCAGAAGAAGCUGAAACAGUGCACCAAGGAUGCAGGGCCAAGCAAAAAGUUGGACUUGCAAAGCUUCACUAAGCAAGAUUUCCCUUGGUCCAAGAAGGUUCAGAAAGCUCUCGGAAUGUUCAAACUCUCCGCAUUCCGGCCCCUGCAGCUCGAGACCAUCAACAUCACCAUGUCUGGGAGGGACAUGUUUCUGAUCAUGCCCACCGGAGGAGGGAAGAGUCUGUGCUACCAGCUGCCAGCGGGCUGCUCCGAGGGGUUUACCUUGGUAAUUGCUCCACUGGUUUCUUUGAUGGAGGACCAGCUUAUGAGUUUGGAGAAGUUAGGGAUUUCAGCAGCCACGAUUAAUGCAUCUAGCUCAAAGGAACAUGUUAAAUCAGUUCAGAAUGCGAUGCUUGACAAGACGUCCGAUAUGAAACUGCUUUACGUCACCCCGGAGAAAAUUGCUAAAAGCAAAAUGUUCAUGUCCAAGCUGGAAAAAGCUUACCAUGCUGGCCGGCUGACACGCAUUGCAGUGGAUGAGGUGCACUGUUGCAGCCAGUGGGGACAUGACUUCAGACCAGACUACAAGGUCCUUGGUAUCCUGAAACGACAGUUCCCAAGCGUUCCUUUGAUCGGACUGACUGCGACUGCCACCAACAGCGUGCUCAAGGACUGCGAGGAAAUCCUGUGCCUCAAAGAUACCAUUACGCUGUCUGCCUCGUUCAAUAGGCCUAACCUUUAUUAUGAGGUACGUCUGAAACCGUCAAGCACUGAAGAUUUCACUGAAGACAUUGUGAAAUUAAUCAAUAAGAGAUACAAAGAUCAGUCAGGUAUCAUUUACUGCUUUUCCCAGAAGGACUCUGAGUACGUCUCUGUAAAUCUGCAGAAAAUGGGAAUAAAGGCCAAGCCUUACCAUGCCAACAUGGAAGCAACUGAGAAGUCUAGUGUGCAUAACGAGUGGACUGAGAACAAACUCCAGGUUGUGGUGGCAACAGUAGCCUUUGGAAUGGGGAUUGAUAAGCCUAACGUAAGGUUUGUUAUUCAUCAUACAAUGAGCAAAUCUAUGGAGAAUUACUACCAGGAGAGCGGCCGUGCAGGUCGCGAUGACCGGAAUGCGGAUUGCAUUUUGUACUACAGUUUUGUAGACAUCUUUAAAGUAAGUUCGAUGGUUGUAAUGGAGAAGGUAGGGCAACAGAAGCUCUACCAAAUGGUGUCCUACUGCCAGGAUGCAACCAGGUGUCGCCGCGUGCUGAUAGCAAAGAAUUUUGAUGAAGUGUGGGAUACAAAGCAUUGCAACAAGAUGUGUGAUCAAUGCCGUCAUAAUCCAUCCUCGGAGUCGGUGGACGUGGCAGCCCACUGCAGGGACCUUCUUCAGAUCCUACAGCAGGCUCAGCAGAUGGAUGAGAAGCUGACUCCGCUGAAGACCAUCGAUUCCUGGAUGGGGAAGGGAGCUGCCAAGCACAGGGUCGUUGGCGUGCCUCCGUCCAGCCUCCCCAGACUGGAGAUGGAGAUGGUCAUCGCUCACCUGCUGGUGCAGCAGUAUCUCAGAGAGGAUUUUAGCUUUACUCCAUAUGCUACAAUUUCCUACAUCAAAUUGGGCCCAAAGGCUGGUCUGCUGAAGAACGAGAAGCACAAGAUCAUGAUGCAAAUGAAGAAGUUCACAAGCGUUGAUCCAGUAAAGUCCUCUAUGGAUUCCAAGACACAGUCUGCCCAUACAAGCACACAAGGAGGAGGAGGUAUAAAUAGUGCAGGAAUAAAGAAGGAUGGGGGGCAGCGGAAAAGAUCUCUUCCUGCCGACGGCUGGGAAUCCAAGAAAAUCAAGAAAGUGAUUGACCAGGAGAACAAGAAAACAGGAGGAUGUAUUGCCACCGAUAUCUGAGGCUGAGAGCUCUCCUACAUUAGCUAUUAGGGCCAACCCCUCUGUACAAAAGAGAAAAUCAACGAAGAAAACAAGAAACCUGCAGCGUGACCAAGCUGGACAAUGUAACCCAAGCCCCUUAGAAACCCGGGCUUCAGAAGAGGCACCGCAAAUCAGUGAUGACGAAACGGAACUCGCUGAUCGACGUGUUAAUGCAGAGGGAAAGUUGAUACAGGGACAUGCUGCCAUAGAGGUUGACGUGCAAAUAGAUAACAGAGAGAAGGAAAGCCACGUGGACAGUCCCUCAGCAUGCCCAGCUGGAGCUUCACCAGUUAGAGCGAAGCGGAAGGCAGACACACCCAAAGAGAAGAAGAGAAAGAACAGGCAGGACACCGCUCAAGCUCCUACAGGGGAACACAAGUGCCAACACAAAGCAAAUCUGGCGAGUGCUCCAUCUGAAAUGUCAAUUAUUUCUGCAGCUGCGGUUGAAGAACUGAGUCACCUGCGCAGCUAUUACUCCAAACAGCUGCAAAGGAUCAAUUGUAUUUCCAGGGAAAACCUGCGAGACUCUGAUUACGGGGAUAAAGGCCCCCUCAGAAAUGUGAGACUCAACUGUGGGCCUUCGUUAAUCAGGACUGUUAGGAGUCUGUGGAGACGGGUCAGUAUGCAGAGGAAAUGCUUCAUUAGGAAGUGACAGAAAGGUUACCAAAUAGAUUAGUCAACAUUUUCAGGCCUGGAUCCCUCUGUGUGUUUUUGCUCUUCAGGGUUUCAUUUUAGCAAUUCAAAAAACAAUUAUAUUAUUAUUAUUAUUAUUAUUAUUAUUAUUAUUAUUAUUAUUAUUAUUAUUAUUAUUAAGCUCUCCAAAAUCAUUCCUGAGCCCUCUAGCUAAGAACUUCUUAUUUCACUGAAAUCACUUUUACACAUUGUUUGUAAUAAAAAAAUGUAUCUCUAUUGCAGUAUACUCUGUUAAUUGGCACUUACUGUAGUCUGUAAAGUAUACUUGUAUUCCUUAUGAGUACCCUGUUGAUUGGCACUUGGCACAGGCUAAUUUUAAGAUUCCCAUUGCAAAGCAGUUUGUAUCAUUCCAGAUUGUCCCGUGAGUCUUAAUUAUAAAUUACCUGUACAGGAGGUACAGUAUGUGGUGUGUCCUAAUUAGGCCAAUAUUAAAAGCUUAGCCCAGAGUCCACCUACCGGCUUUCAAACAAAACUUUAUACUUACUUGUUUAACAUGAUGCGAUUUAAAAAAAUACUUUGCAUUGAAUUAGCCAUCCAGAGUUGAAUGUGUACUGUAAUUAGGAAUGCAUUCGCUGUUCCCUUUCAAUUCAAAGACGAACACCAACAUUAUGUAUGGGAUAUUCCUGCCCUUGAGGUAGGUAUUGUUGAGCUCUCUAUCAGAGCUGCCGAAGGCCCCUUCCUGGGAUGACACACUCGGUCCCGCCCACUGAGGGUAUAAAACCGUCACUCACAGGAAGAUCUUCCUCUUUUUCCCUCUCAAGACGGUACGGUAAGACCUCUGUGUUGAGAUGAUUGUGUUGAUAGAAAAGAGCCCCUCGUCGAUUCGGGUCAGUUGUAUUUCCCUGGCAUUUGUGCUGAAAGCUUGCUUGCCGCUUUCCUGGGGCAGCAGUGUGGAGUAGUGGUUAGGGCUCUGGACUCUUGACCAGAGGGUCGUGGGUUCAAUCCCCGGUCGGGGACCCUGCUGUUGUACCCUUGGGCAAGGUACUUUACCUAGAUUGCUCCAGUAAAAACCCAACUGUAUAAAUGGGUAAUUGUAUGUAAAAAAAUAAUGUGAUAUCUUGUAACAAUUGUAAGUCGCCCUGGAUAAGGGCGUCUGCUAAGAAAUAAAUAAUAAUAAUAAUAAUCAACGACUUUGAAAAAGACAGAGUCCUUUUACCUGUCUUUCAGUGGCCUCCCCGCUUGCAUGGUAGGCCGCUCUGUCUGUCGUUUGUGAGCGACUGUCUGUGCAGUCAUCCACGAAUGGUUGUCUUUUCUUCUUGAGAGUACACGUGUCCUCCUUGGGGCUAGGCCUUGCCGUUUCCCUGCUGUCGUGGAGCCUUGGGUCGUAUAAUCUAAUGGUGUACUCUCUCUUUCUCUGUCUUUCUAUAGAUAUAUAAAGUAUUUUAUUGUCUGCAUAAACUCACCCACCACAGCUUCGGCCCUGUGUCCAUCCCUGGUACAUGCUUUGCGCUGACCAGGUGCGUGUGUUGACCACGCGGUCAGGGUACGCACUUUGCGUAGCAGCCUCCCCGGUGCUGCGGUACCGCGGCACACGCAUAGCCCAUGAUAAUUUAUCUCGGUGCACAAGUGCUCAACGCAGGCGACGUAUAGUCCAGCACCUCAGCGGUAGUGCACAAUAGCGUCGCACAGUACGUUGUGAAUGUAGUAUCCCAGUGCACAGUGCACGUGGUGCGCAAGUGUUAGUACCUCUACCGCUGUAGUGCAGUUAUGCACGGUGCGCAAGGUACGCAGUUCACGUAGUGUACGGUACCCACUGCGCAUGGAGCUUGGAACGCACAGGGCAAGCAGUGCACGUUGCGCUCGUUGCGUAAGUACUGCUCUACUAGCGCUCAUGGUGCUGCACAGUACCUAGUUGAAUAGGAUAGCUCAGCACACGCGUUGCACUUGUUGUACAUAGUACACAGUGCAUAUGCAGUCUGGUUGUACACUAGUGCCCAUACGCUGCGUAGUACACGGUGCACUUUGUAUCCACGGUACCUGACGCAAGGUACGCGGUGUUAAUACCUCGGCUGUAGCACUAGUGAAUAUUUACACUACGUUAGCACUUGAGUGUUAAACACAGUGAAAAGCAGUACUUAGUGCUAAUGCACAAAACCAGGCCCAUGUCGGGGUCCCACCUCUGUACGGCCUGUAACGCCAUCAUCCCACAUGAGGGUAAACAUACCCUCUGUGUGCGGUGCUUGGGCAUCCCACAUGCCACCAUGGCCCUCGAGAGGGACGUGGCAUGUAGCAUCUGCGACGCCCUUCAGCCUAGGCUGAAAGAGGCUUGUCUGGAGAGCCAGGAGAGAGAGCUCCGCGUCCUCCGCGGUGGGACCGUCAGCAGCCCUAGGUGCCCCAGACGUCCUGUCCCAGGACUCUGCCUGACAUUCCUAAUGCGCAGGCCGCCCGCAGCCGCUCCCCGUCUCUGCAAGCGAAACAGGUGAAACGUUCGAAGCAGGCGAGGGACAUUCUGGACGCUAUCCUGGCACCCCUGCGGCUGCAGGGGAUCAGAGUAUUAAACUAUCUUGACGAUAGUGGACCCCAGGUGGCCCAGGAGAGUAUGGUUUUCAACCCUGUGCCAGCUGUUGCACGGCCAGCCCUGCGAGAUUCUGGCCCCUGAAAGGGACCGCUGGCUAGCCCUAGGGCUAUCGGACACGGUUGUGAGUACGAUGCAGAGCGCGAGGGCGGACUCCACUAGGUCUUUGUAUACCUGUAAGUAGAAGUAUUUUCAAGCUUGGUAUCUGGGUAGAAGCCAUGACCCCAUCACUUGCCUUAUGCCAGUCAUAGUGCAGUUCCUGCAGGAACUACUUGAUGCUGGAAGAUCACCUUCCACCUUGAAGGUGUAUUUAGCGUCUAUCUCUGCUUGCCAUGCCCUCGUAGAUUCUAUGUCUCCGGGUGCGCAUUUUUUGGCUAUGCGUUUCCUCAAAGGCGCAUGCCGAUUACGCCGUCCUAGGAGGACUGUUCUCCCCGCAUGGAGCUUUAAUAUUGUACUAGAGGCUCUUACAAAGGCCCCGUUUGAGCCCUUGAACUCCAUAGAGCUGAAGUACCUGUCUAUGAAGACAGCCAUCCUCUUAGCAAUCUGCAGGCGCUGUCUGUGCACAGCUCCUGCAUGCGCGUGUGGGAAGAUGGAAGCAGGGUGUUGCUGCGCACCAACCCCGCUUUCCUCCCCAAGGUGAUUACAGCUUUCCACGUUAGCCAAUCUGUGGAACUGGAGUCUUUUCAUCCACCUCCAUUUGUUUCAACGGAGGAUGAGAGAUUGAAUUUCCUCUGCCAGGUGCGGGCAUUUAAAUGUUACGUACUUUGGACAAGAGUUUUGCGUCAAUCUGACCAGCUCCUCUCUAAGCAGCGUUUGUCACACUGGAUUGUGGACACAGUGUCGACUGCGUAUAAUGGUGCUGGUGCCUGGUUGGGUAGCUGCACAUUCAACUAGAGGGUUGGCUACAUCUUGGGCCCUUUUAAAAGAUGCCUCGAUGUCUGACAUUUGUACUGCAGCUAGCUGGGCUACGCCGCAUACUUUCUCCAGGUUCUACCGUAUUAAUGUGGUAGAUCCUGCCUUGCCUUCUGUAGGCAUAAGGGUCCUUGAGGGUGUAAGUUCACACCGCUAACCUCUGGGUUAGGCAGUGCUUGUGCUUCUCUCAUAUGCUGCCGUUCCUUCUCCCUUGCGACGGCUCUGGUAUACAUUAUCUCAUACAUAAUGUUGGUGGUCGUCUUCGAAUUGAAAGGGAACGUUAGGUUGCUUACCGUAACCCUGGUUCCCUGAAAGAGAAGACAACCACCAACCAUGAGGUCGCUUCAGUCGCCGUCACGGAUUCGAUGGAAAAAGAGGGAGAUCUUCCUGUGAGUGACGGUUUUAUCCCCUCGGUGGGUGGGACUGAGUGUCAUUCUGGUAUAGAGAGCUCAGCAAUACCUACCCUCAAGGGCAGUAAUAGCUCAUACAUAAUGUUGGUGGUCAUCUUCUCUUUCAGGGAACCAGGGUUAUGGUAAGUAACCUAACGUUUUCUGCCUCAGGUAUCCAGUUGUAAUAUUUUCACUUUCUGUUUUUUAGUAACAAGGUUUUGAUUUGCCUUGGCUUUUGUUAAAAUGUAUAAUCAACUGCACUAGCCACGUCAUAAUGAAUGUAUGGUAAUAUUAAGACAGUAAAACAUGUUUUAGUAUGAUGACACAAAGUGUGUCCAUUGCUUUUAGCCAAUGUAUUUUGUAACGUGGGCAUUAUUUUAUUUUCAGAGCAUACUCCACGGUAGUUAUUCACCUGAAGUGAAAUGUGUUUACUUUUGGGGGGGCGGGGCGCGGGGGCAAAGCCCAACACAUUUUGCUGGGUGACGACAACUGAUUUAUGCAGAAGUGUGGUGCUGUAAGCAACUUUUAUUUUGUAUAAUUCACAUGCUUUUAAAAA